UGCGCAGACAGAGCCUGUCGCCAUGCAGGAAACUUCCGCCCAGUCUAGGAGCAGGGUUGGCAGAAGUCGGGAAUCUCCAAUUCAGUGCCGGAUCCGGUUGGUUAAUUUCUUUGGCUUUGCCGUUCUUUUUUUCUUUUUCAGAGAUAAGUCUUUUAUUCUCUUGAACCACCCGAAGCAUUAUGAAAUUAUGUUUAAACAUAUUUUAAUUAGAUUUCCUCUGGCACUGUGAAAGCCAUCUUUAUUUUUCAACGUAUCGUUUAAUCUUCCUCAUUAAAAAUAUUUUCUACUCUUGCCCUAUAGUUUUGUGAUACGGAAAAUACGGCUUUUGUUGUUGUCCAUCAGUACAUAUCGUUGACCUACAGUGAUACAUUAUCUGCCAAUUGUAUUCGUGGCUUUUCCAACCUCUUUAAAAAAAAAAAAAAAUCUGCUUUGGCCGCCAUUUUUAUUUUGGUCUCCAUAAAGCGUUGAUAGCAUCGACCGAAGCCAUUUUUCGUUUGGGCAGUUCUUUCCGGCUAUCCCAGGGCUUCGGGCGCCAUCGUAGGUGCUGGCAGUGGCUUCCAACCGAAUGAAGUCGAUAAUGCCAUCUUGUGUUUGGGCGCUGGUUGCAUUCUCUAACGUGCAAGGGGACGCUGGGAAACGGGAAGUAAGCCAAAGCUUCUGAAGCUUGGUCUGCCGCCUUUUUAGUCUGAGUUCAGGUACUAUACUAGUCCACCAGUGACGCUGGACAGUAACAAAGCAUAUACAGCCCGAACCCACCUCCCGCCACCAUCGUAGGUUCUGUACCUCACUUGGGAAUCAGUAAACCAUGGCAUCUAAGAAAUUUGCCAUUAAAUGUGGGAACUUCGCAGUCCUGGUGGAUCUUCAUGUAUUGCCACAAGGUUCAAAUAGAGACUCCAGUUGGUUUUCUAAACAGAAGAAAGAGGAAGUUUGUUUGCUGUUAAAAGAAACCAUUGAUUCCAGAGUUAAGGAGUACGUGGGCAUUUAUAAACAGCACAAGCCAUCAAGUGCAGAAUUCACAAGAUCCAGUCCCUUGUCCUUAAAAGGUUAUGGCUUUCAGAUCACAGCUUAUUUCCUCAAGAGAGGGAUACACCUUCACUGUAUCCAGAGCUCCCAGAAUACUGAACUUCGUAUAUUUCCUGAGAGAUUUGUGGUGUGUGUUAGUCAGCUUGCAUUUGGUCAUGAUAUUUGGGCAAACCAGAAUGAAAAAUCGUUUGCUAGGAAGUAUCUUUUCACCUUCAACUUUAAAUGAGGCAGCAACAUAACAGGACAACCUUGAUGGUGUUUGUGAUUAUAAAUGAAGAGAAGUGAAAAAUCUGUGCUUCCACUGGAACUUUCUGCUGGAGUCAGUGACUUCUGAAUUGUAUUCCAUGGUGAAUCUCUGAUGGUUUUUCUGAGAACUAGUGGGUCUCCCCAGUGUAUUAUAUCCUAGCCAAUAGAGCUCAUACUCUCUUGCUCUCUUUUCUCAUGCUAGGCUUGAGUUCUAUCAGGACCUUGUUCUGUUUCACAGGAGUUCUCUAUUGAGACAAGUAGCCAUAGAAAACCUACGCAAAAAUAUAGCUUACAUCUGUGUCUUUUAAGCUUAACAUGUACUCUUAACAGUAUCCUUAUUAUUUCUAUAUGUAUCUUGCUUCAAUCACACUUUAGUCUAUUUAACUUGCCCUUAAAAAAAUUUAGGUCUACAGCUUGAACCUUCAAUGAACAGGAAAAAAAAAUAUAUAGAAGACAUUAACCCAGCCAUUAAGUGUGACAUGAUUAUUAUGCUUCUAAAAUAAUUUAUGAGGAUAUUAGAUUAUCCCUGUUGUUUAUUAUUUUUAACCCAUUUGAAAUUUGGCUCACAUAGUUUAAAAUCCGUUUCUUAUCUCAUCUUAAGUAAAUACAUAAGAAAAGUGUUUUGGAGCCUCUGAAGACAAUAGAGACCCAGAAGAAGUCAAGAGCUGAAAAUUCAUACUUGCAUUUAGUUCCUUUGUUUUGAGCAGAGAAUCCUUUCAAAAAAGCCAGUGCAACCCUUUUAUUUCCUCUUCAUCCAUCAAACCCACUCUAGAUAUGUACAUAAAAUAAGAUUAGUGAAGCAAAUCUAGCCAAAAGCAUUAAACAUUUCU